CCCUCCGGGGGCGGCUGCUGGGGCCUCCGAGCUGCGUUGCAGACGCCCGUUGGCCUCGAGUGUCUGUCCAGACGGGAGCAGACCGGACGGAAGGGCGCCCCCGCGCCCGGAACAUUUCCUUCUCCCGCAGCCGUCGCACGUGAGAGCCGAAGCCACCGGCGCUGGGAGCUCACGCGCCUCGCAGCGUCCCCCGCGAAUUUCGAGGAAGACGCAGGAAGGAUAAAAGAUUGCUGGGACAAUCAGGAAGCACCUGCGCUCUCCACGUGUAGCAAUGCCAAUAUCUUUCGAAGGAUAAAUGCCAUAUUGGAUAAUUCUCUGGAUUUCAGUAGAGUCUGCACUACACCUGUAAAUCGAGGAAUCCAUGAUCAUUUGCCAGACUUCCAGGACUCUGAAGAAACAGUUACAAGCAGGAUGCUUUUCCCCACCUCUGCGCAAGAUUCUUCCCGUGGCCUCCCAGAUGCAAAUGACUUGUGCCUUGGCCUGCAGUCCCUCAGUCUCACAGGCUGGGACCGACCCUGGAGCACCCAAGACUCAGAUUCUUCAGCCCCGAGCAGCACACACUCAGUAUUGAGCAUGCUCCACAAUCCAUUGGGCAGUGUCCUGGGGAAACCCCCCUUGAGCUUCCUGCCUCUGGACCCCCUUGGAUCUGACUUGGUGGACAAGUUUCCAGCACCCUCCGUUAGAGGAUCCCGCCUGGACACCCGGCCCAUCCUGGACUCCCGUUCUAGCAGCCCCUCUGACUCAGACACCAGUGGCUUCAGCUCUGGAUCAGAUCAUCUCUCAGAUUUGAUUUCAAGCCUCCGAAUUUCUCCUCCCCUGCCCUUCCUGUCUCUGACGGGGGGUGGUCCCAGAGACCCUUUAAAGAUGGGAGUUGGGUCCCGGCUGGACCAAGAACAAGCUGCUCUGGCUGCAGUCACGCCCUCCCCAACCAGCGCAUCAAAGAGAUGGCCAGGAGCUUCUGUGUGGCCGUCCUGGGACCUCCUUGAAGCUCCCAAAGACCCCUUCAGCAUAGAGAGAGAGGCCAGGCUACACAGGCAAGCUGCAGCUGUGAAUGAAGCCACCUGUACCUGGAGUGGCCAGCUUCCUCCCCGGAACUACAAGAACCCCAUCUACUCUUGCAAGGUGUUCCUAGGAGGUGUCCCUUGGGAUAUUACGGAAGCUGGAUUGGUUAACACCUUCCGUGUUUUUGGCUCUUUGAGCGUGGAGUGGCCUGGUAAGGAUGGCAAGCACCCCCGGUGUCCUCCCAAAGGUAAUAUGCCUAAAGGGUAUGUAUAUCUGGUCUUCGAACUAGAGAAGUCUGUCCGGGCCUUGCUUCAGGCUUGCUCUCAUGACCCGCUGAGCCCAGAUGGCCUGAGUGAAUAUUACUUCAAGAUGUCCAGCCGGAGGAUGCGCUGCAAGGAGGUACAAGUGAUCCCCUGGGUCUUGGCCGACAGCAACUUUGUUCAGAGCCCAUCUCAGAGACUUGACCCCAGCAGGACGGUAUUUGUCGGUGCUCUGCACGGGAUGCUCAAUGCUGAGGCCCUGGCAGCCAUUCUGAACGACCUAUUUGGUGGUGUGGUGUAUGCUGGGAUUGACACAGAUAAGCACAAGUAUCCCAUUGGGUCUGGUCGCGUGACUUUCAAUAACCAACGUAGUUACCUGAAGGCAGUCAGUGCUGCUUUUGUGGAGAUCAAAACCACCAAGUUCACCAAGAAGGUUCAGAUUGACCCCUACUUAGAAGAUUCUCUGUGUCAUAUCUGCAGUUCUCAGCCUGGUCCUUUCUUCUGUCGAGAUCAGGUGUGCUUCAAGUACUUCUGCCGGAGCUGCUGGCACUGGCGGCACAGCAUGGAGGGCCUGCGCCACCACAGCCCCCUGAUGCGGAACCAGAAGAACCGAGAUUCCAGCUAGAGGAGCUGGCCUUGCCCAGUGGCCUGUGGCGCCUGAGGCUGGCAGGUCAGGCAGUAGCCUGUACCACCCUGCCACUGGCCACCAGGGAGCUGGCUUCCCGAGGACAAGGGAAAAUCGUAGUCACCUUUGCACUUGCUGAAUCUGUCUUUGUUUCUGCACUAAUUAAUGCACAAUGAGUUUUGUCGGGUUUUGUUUUCAGGGGGUGUGCCAGGGCAAGGACCCUCAGGCUCACCCUCCAAGCGACUCUGUAGUUUUCCCAGAUUUUAGUUCCUCAUUUUGCCGAUGAAAAGCAAAAAAGAACUACGUGUCUAGAAGGUAUUGACACGAUGCCUACAUUUAGGUUUAUUUAUUAAAAGCGCUUUUUUACAUUCCUUGCAAUACUGAUGGUGAUGAUGUGCAGGUCUCAUUGGUUUCAUUCUUGCAGUUGCCAUACAGUGCCUUUCCAUUUAUUUAACCCCCACCUGAACGGCAUAAACUGAGUGUUCAGCUGGUGUUUUUUACUGUAAACAACAAGGAGACUUUGCUCUUCAUUUAAACCAAAAUCAUAUUUCAUAUUUUACGCUCGAGGGUUUUUACCGGUUCCUUUUUACACUCCUUAAAACAGUUUUUAAGUCGUUUGGAACAAGAGAUUUUUUUUUCUUUCCUGGCAGCUUUUAACAUUAUAGCAAAUUUGUGUCUGGGGACUGCUGGUCACUGUUUCUCACAGUUGCAAAUCAAGGCAUUUGCAACCAAGAAAAAAAAAUUGUUUUUGGAUUUGAAACUGGACCGGAUAAACGGUGUUUGAGUGGCUGCUGUAUAUAGUUUUAAAUGGUUUAUUGCACCUUCUUAAGUUGCACUUAUGUGGGGGGGGAGGGUUGAUAGAAGUUUUUAAUCACAAAGUCACAGGACUUUUUUCUUUUGUAACUGAGCUAAAAAGGGCUGCUUUUUGGUGGGGGCAGAUGAAGGCUCACAGGAGCCCUUUCUCUCAGAGGGGACAAGUACCCUUCCCUUAUUUCUUUCAUUUGAGAAAUGUAUGAAGCAACAGUUGCAGUUGACGAAAUGCUACUGGAAUUUGAAAACUUGACUUUUUCUUUUCUUUUUUUUUUUUUU